AUGGACAAGGCAACCCAGUUAAGAUUACUAUGGCUUUUGGUAUUAAUGUAGCAUCCAGCCAUGAAAGUAGAAUGCUUCCUUUUUAUAAAGACCUACAAAGAGUAGGAGACCCUGCCUUAGAGAUUGAGCAACUGGAAGGGAAUAGCUGGACUUAG